AACAGUGUCGUCUCCCGGUCGUGUCCGGUUUCUUCGUCUCACUUCGUGCAUAUUUUGAACGUGUCUAGCUGCAGACAUGUUUUAUUUCCGAAUUCAAGGAGUAUUUUACCUUGAGAGAACCAAUUAAGGCCGUGAACACCGUCGAGACGACGUGUAUUCCCGACUCUCCGUCGUCAGUCGCGAAGCUGCGAUGAUGGUGGAGCAGUCGGACCGAGCUCCGCUACUCGACUGGGAGGAGGAGGUCGGGCGGGCCGAACCGACCCCCGCCGUACCUGCUCCUCACAGCGGUGGAUUCUCUGCCACAGAACCGACUGACCGCUGUCCUCCGAACAAAAACGGCCCGAAUAACGGCUGGAGCGCGAGCCCGGGAGGUGUAGGUAGUGUAACAGCUGUUAAAGGCAGGGGCAGGAGCACGCGCCCUGGGCCGGAGGGGGAUGCUUAUGCUUCAGGCACGGAUGAGGAAGGAGACUGCGCCUUCCCCGGACCCGCCAUCAAAACUCGGGCAGUCCCGGGGUGGGAAGAGAAAGACCAAAUUGUUGCAGUGUUUGUGGUGACCUUUGACACGAGAUCAGGAAACAUUGUGGAGUGGUGCUUACCUCAGGACAUAAACCUGGAUGGUGUGGAGUUCAAGUCGAUGGCCAGCGGCUCGCAUCGAAUUGCAAAUGAUUUCAUAUAUUUUCGCAAAGGCUCUUUCUUCGGGCUGGCAUGCUUUGCCAAUAUGCCGGUGGAGAGCGAGCUGGAGAGGGGGGCUCGAAUGAAGUCUGUCGGCAUCCUGUCACCAUCAUACACUCUUCUCUACCGCUACAUGCAUUUUUUAGAGAACCAGGUCAAGCACCAGCUGCAGUGCCCGGGCCAGUAUUCACCACUGGAGGCAUUUUACGAGGAUAAGAAGGCUGUGCUCCCUCCUGGAGGGAACGGUCUGGUCACGGUCUGUCCGACCAGCACCAUGGUGAACCGUUGCAUGCAUCCAGAAAUGAAGAUCACACAUCCUGCUGGCUGCAUGUCUCAGUUCAUCCGUUUCUUUGGAGAGCAGAUCAUGGUGUUGUGGAAGUUUGCCUUGUUAAGGAAGCGCAUCCUCAUCUUUUCUCCUCCACCUGUUGGCGUGGUCUGUUACCGGGUAUACUGUUGUUGCUGUCUUGCUAAUGUGUCCAUACCUGGGAUUGGUGGCUCUGUACCGGAGUUCCGCCCCUUCUUCUAUAUCAAUGUUGCUGACAUCACAGCUCUAGAGAAAGAAUUGUCCUACGUGGCUUGCACUACAGAGAAGAUUUUUGAGGAAAAGAAGGAGCUUUAUGAUGUCUACAUUGACAACCAGAAUGUGAAGACACACAGAGAAAGCCUGCAGCCUCUGCUGCGAAUUAACAAUGCUGACAGGGAGAAGUAUCGCAAACUCAGUGAACAGAGGCAGUUGUUGCUGUAUUCCCAGGAGGUUGACGGAGACUGCACCUCUAGUGAGGAAGACCUCUUUAUUCUGUUCUUUAUGGAGCAGAACAACCGCAUCUUUCAAACUCUGCUGGAGGUUGCAGGGAGUGCUGAUCCCACCCUGACUCCCGAGCAUGUGCGUGCUAUGGGCUUGGAUCCACAGGCUGACCGCGGCUUCCUCGUGGAUCUGCUGGAGGUCUACGGCAUCGAUGUCAUGCUGGUUAUCGACAAUCCAUGCUGCCCGAGCCAGUACUGACCCCUGGCCUCACCGCUGGAGCGAAAUGAUACUGCCUCUUCAGGCUUUGAUACACUGCUGCCUUCACGCCCCUGACGUCUGUCUGCUUAUGUAUGUCUGUGUGUUUGUGUGUGUUUUCUCAGUAUCUUGACAGCUACCUGUGGGUUUCUUCCCCAACUGCACCUACGCUCACGCCCUGAAAAGUGACAAAACUGAUCUCUGUGCCUCUUUGUUACUGCUUGUUUUGUGGACCUCAAUUGUGACUCUUUUCUUCUAGCCAGUGCUGUUUUGGAGACCUGAUGUAACGGCCCUGUGUGGGUCUCCAGUGUGCUUCAUCUGAGCCCCACAGACAAUAAAGUAAAGCAAUGGAAACACUUUCAGCCUUGUAUCCAACUGGUUUUCUGUCUGGUGAAGGAAGGUAACCGAAAGCCAAUAAACCACUACAUGGUUAUACAACGGUUUUUGCAGAUGAAUGGUAUAAUGACUGGAACCAUUUAAUUGGACCACAUUUCCAUAAUCCCCUGCAGUAUUUAUUAAGCUUACUCCAUCUGAAUUAAAAGUUUAUUUUCUAAAAAUAAAAUGGACUCCAGUUUGACCAUUGUGGUCUCUCUCUCACUCUCUCUCUCUCUCUCUCCACUGUUGCGUUGUGGUUUAUGUCAGCCUUUAUGCCUGUACCUAAUGACUGGAUAAGUGCUGAUAAAAGAAACAUAUUUUGAAGAGUGCUCCAAAAUCCUUUAAGAAUUCAUUAGUUACAAAUUCUGGUCUCCAGAGUGAUGAAGUGUCUGGAAUGUAAAUUCAUGAUGAAAGACUCGAGCGUCUCAACUGCUGUAUGUUCACCUUCAAUCAUGAUCAUGGACUACACUGGAUUUGCUGCAAAUACUGUUGAUUCUGAAUCACUUUAUUUUCUAAAGAGCAGGGCUGGAAAACCUGCAGCAUCAGAAUAUAUCUAUCUGGAUUAGAUCAGCUUUCACUUUCGUGGCAUCAAUUUUGGCCAAAGUAAAUGAAUGGUGUUAUCAUGUUGUGUUUUUGCCCUUGGCUUAAAUGUUGCAUUAUAGUUUGUCACACCAGGAGUCCCUGCACUAAAAGACCAGUCACUUCAUUGGACGGCUUCAGUAAUAUGAAUAUUACAAUUUGAAAAUACUGUAAUAAGGAUACAGUAGGCACGAAUGCUAACACCACGGACUCGGAGAGGGUUUAGAUAUGUAUAUCUUUAUGUAUGUAUUUGUGCUGAAUUGAACACAUUCCAUACUCUUGGUGUUGAUUGCAACUUGUAUGUUUUUGCUGCUGCACCAUUUGAAGCACAUUUGGUAUACACUGAUAACGUUUGAACCUUUUCUUGUGUUCCUUUGAAUGUUUCCCCCCCGCACACACACACACACACACAAAAAUAUGAAUGUGAUUCUAUCAGUGAAUGCUGUAUUGUUCAAUGACUUUUGUAGACUUUUCUGUGUAAGCUGGGUUUGUGUUUAAAAAUGUAUUUGCAACUAGCAAUUAUUUGACUUUUUAACUGAACUACAUCACAUGGCCAUACUGGCAUACUGGCAAAGUCAGCUGCUGCUCCCUAACCGAAUAUAUUCGUUCAGCACCAGUUAAUAGAUUACAUUUAAAUCACAUUACAUUCAUUGUAACCCAUGAUUUGAGCAAGGAAGAGUAGCUUGCCCUUAAUUAUUACCAAACCAAAAGCAGUCCAGAUUUGUGUCCAAUCCUCAUACCAAACUCUAAUUUGAAUGGGUGACUACAAAUAAUAAUCAUGUCUCCAUUCUGUGAAUGAGUGCAGGCGCUCGUUAUUUGACUGGGAUACAAAGAAUGCUUUUGCUAUUACUGGUAAAGUCUAUCGAGUUUAAAUUAACAAUAUAUACUGUUUAUCAUGUCCAGAGAGGUUAUUUGGCGAAAUUGUUGAUGUGAUUUUAAAAAAAUAUAUAUAUAUAUAUGUAUUACCUAUUCUUUUCCUCAUAAUGAAUAUUUUAUAAACAGCGUUAAGUUGAUCUUGAUGAGAAAAUGUACAGUAAUGAUUGUGUAUGAUUCAACUGUGUAAGAAUUCUUAAAGAAAUAGGUGUUGACUAAGCAUUAAAAUGUCAUUAACACAUACAGAUUGGAGAAAUGUUCAGCUGCCGUCUGUAGUCAUUUAACAUUUUUCCCCAUCAUGCUGCAUACUGUAACUGCAUGUGGUUGUAUUUUUUUUUUUUUUUUGGUCUAAACCCACUGGUUCUUUUUACUGCCAUCUUGAAAUAAACUCUCUUAACUGAU